CAACGUCUAUGGUCAAUUUCCAUUUUGAAGUAUCAUUCCAAUAUCAUUAUUUGAUUAUUGUCGCUUAAUUUCGGUUUAAGUUAUUUCAAAAUGGGUCUGGCUACAAUAAUUGAAAAUGAGGCACAUUUUCAAACGGAAAUGGCCAAUGCUGGUACGAAGUUGGUUGUCGUAGACUUUACAGCUACUUGGUGUCCACCAUGCCAACGUAUUGCCCCAUUUUUUGAACAGUUGCCUGCUAAAUUCCCGAGGGCAGUUUUUCUAAAAGUAGAUGUUGAUCGAUGUGCGGAAACUGCAAGUGCUCAAGGCAUUAGUGCAAUGCCUACGUUCAUAUUUUAUAAAAACAGGACAAGAAUUGAUAGACUACAGGGCGCUGACCCCGGCUCCCUUGAAGCAAAGGUUAGACAGUACUAUGGUACUGACGAAGCUGCAGAUGAGGAUAGCGCUGUAGCAGGACAUAUGGACCUGGUGACAUUUAUUACUAAGAGUGAAUGUGAAUGCUUAAAUGAGUCAGAUGACCAUCCACUAGCGCAUGCUCUGAACAAUGGCAAUGGAUAUCUGGCCAGUGACUGUGAUGAACAACUCAUCAUUAAUAUUACAUUUAAUCAGGUGGUGAAACUGCACUCGCUGAAAAUUAAAGCGCCUGCCGAUAAAGGCCCAAAGACUUUAAAGUUGUUCAUCAAUCAACCAAGAACACUUGAUUUUGACCAAGCAGCUGGGAAUAUGUCAGUGCAAGAAUUAGAAUUGACACCGAGUGACUUGGAGGGCAAUCCUGUACCACUGAAGUUUGUUAAAUUCCAAAAUGUUCAAAACAUUCAAAUAUUCAUAAAAGACAACCAAUCUGGUGGUGAGGUCACAUUGGUUAACCACCUUGCAUUCUAUGGCUCCCCCAUUUGUACUACAAACAUGGGAGAAUUUAAACGUGUAGCUGGAAAGAAGGGUGAAAGCCACUAAACUUCAAUCUAGUUCUACAGAUAAUUAUACAGAUAGUUCAGUUUAAUAAACUAAUCCCAAUUUGAAUUAACAGAUAAGCCUAGAAAAAGUGAAAAAACUAGUAUAAUCCUAUAUUUGUGUCCGGCCCUUUAGAAAAGAAAUCAUUCAAUUUGCUGAGGUUGCCAAACCAAAAUGAGCUUAAUAUGAACCUUUAGGAAUAAUAUAAAA